UUUUUUUUCUUGUGGGUAAUUCAGCAUUUGCAAACAUUUUGUAAAUAAUCACAUUGCUUUAUCUGCAAAGUAUAAAUCAUGGCUGUGAACAUCGCUGGGCUCAUUGUGCUGGUUGUAUUCUACCUUAUCAUCCUCAUUGUGGGCGUGUUGGCUGCAAGACGGAAAGGCCUUACUGGCAGGCCCACUCUCGAGUCAUCCAUCGUUGCCGACCGCAACAUCAGCACCCUUGUGGGCAUCUUCACCAUGACAGCUACAACUGUUGGAGGUGGUUACAUAAAUGGAACUGCCGAAUCCAUAGCAACAGCAGGGCUGGUGUGGACACUGGCUCCACUGGGAAUUUUCAUCGGUCUUAUAAUAGGUGGUGUGGUGUACGCAGGUCCCAUGCGUGAACACCGCUACAUGACGAUGUUGGACCCGUUCAAUGAGAGGUUUGGUGGUGUUGUCGUGGUGCUGGUCUAUAUGGCCUCUCUCUGUGGAGACCUGUUCUGGACUGCCUCCAUCCUCUCAGCUCUAGGAACCAGUCUCAGUGUGAUUGUUAACCUUGACCUCACCGUUGCCAUAGUGACCUCGGCAGGGGUCACAGUGUUCUACACAAUGAUUGGUCAGAUGAUAAGUGUAGCCUAUACAGAUGUGGUACAGCUCAUCUUCAUCGUGUUCGGACUGUGUCUAAGUGUACCGUUUGUGUUGACCAAUGAGAAUGUAGGCAGCAUUGAUACGCUCACCAACGAUUGGCUGGGGAAACUGGACACGCCCUCGCUUCCACAGUGGAUAGACCUGCUCAUUGCUAUGACAUUUGGCACCAUUCCUUGGCAGGCGUAUUUCCAGCGUGUGUUGUCGGUACGCAGCGGUCGCCAGGCACAGAUCCUCUCUGUGGCAGGGGCGUGUGCAGCUUUUGUCUUGGUCGUACCCUCCAUCUUGAUAGGGGCUGCUGGAAAAUCUGCAGAUUGGAACGCUACCCGACUGGGUGUAUCGCCGCUGGACAUUGGUCAGGGAAGUGCAAUACUGCCCCAUGUGCUGAAUGAGUUCACACCACCAGCCGUCUCCAUACUGGGCCUAGGCGCCAUCUCAGCAGCAGUGAUGUCAUCCAUGGACAGCUCUGUACUUGGCUCCAGCUCUAUGUUUACAUUCAACGUUUAUAAAAACAUCCUUAGAAACAAGGCCUCAGAAAGGGAGCUACUUUGGGUUCAGCGUCUCGUGAUCCUCAUUGUGGGUGCCAUGGCAACAACAAUCUCCAUCUUUGUACCCAUCAUAUAUGGGCUCUUCAUUCUUGCAGCCGACAUCGUCUUCGUCAUUGUUCUUCCACAGCUGACGUGUGCUCUGUUUUUGAAGUUCACGAACGCGUACGGGGCAUUUCUGGGUUUCCUCACAGGUGCAGUUUUGCGGCUCGGAGCUGGUGAACCGUAUUUGAAAUUUGAGCCGAUCAUAAAAUACCCCUGGUUUGAUAACAAUAUAGGGCAAGUUUUUCCAUUUAGAACAUUUUCCAUGGUCAUGUCCUUCUCAAUCAUUAUUGUCGUAUCUUUAAUCACUAAUGUUUUGUUUUUAAAAGAAGUCUUCCCAAAGAGUUGUGAUAUAUUCGGAAUAUUAAAAAGAAUGAAGCAUUCGUACAAUCCGGCGCCGACAUGUGAGUUGACUGAAGUUCCCCAGUCCAAUUCAGCCACACAGUUGUGUCGCUGUCCAGACAGGAAUGUGCCCUGUAAUCACGAAAAACAGUCUGGUGACCUCUCCUCAAAUGAUCUCUCCAGUGGGUCACAUGACAUAUCAUGUGACCAUGGUUGUGAGAAGACUGGUUCCCAGCAAUGGUCCCCUGCACCAGUAGAAGCGGGUAACCUGGGCACAAAAUUAUAGGUAUUUGGACGUGUUCUCAGCAUUAACCCCCUGUCAACUUUAGAGGCUGGAAAACAGGGCGCACAAUACAAGGUUUUUGAUCUGGAUCCCAGCACUGGUCUCCUGCCAACUGUUUGCCAGCAGAUGCUGGCAAACAGGGCACAAAAUUAUAGUUGUCUCUGAUGAUCUGCAUUCAAGGUUAUGUGUAGUAAUGUAUAUCAUUUCCUGCCAAAAUCACCCAAUAAACAGAGAAAACCGAACUGUUUUCCACUUUGUUGAAUGCAGAAGACACUCAUAAUAUCAUUCAUUUUAUUCUUCUUUGUGAUGCAUAAUGAUUUUCAUGGGGAUACAUAUUAAAUUUAUCCUCUGAAAAUGGACUUUUUACCUGCAUUAAGUGGAAGUCAUAUUUAAGUUUAUUAAUAAUCAUCUUUAAAAUAGCACUAAUUUUAUUCUAAUUAUGAUGCUAGUCACAGAAUCUUGUUUUACUUACAUAUAUUGCCUGGCCACAGACACUAGUAUUAUUUUAUGAAGAAUAUUAAAACAGAAGAAAGUUAAAUGUAUUCAUACUGAUAUUUCAGUAUUGUGUUACCUCUUUUUUUCUACAUAAAAUAAAGUGAAAACUGUAUUUCAGUGUUAUUUGGACCUUAUUUCAAUAUGUUCAUUUUUUUGCCCACCCCUGUAUUUUUAUUUUGUAAGCGUUUCAAUAUGUCUAUCUUGCUACCUAACCCUAUCUUGUGCUUAGUCAUGAAGUCUUACAAUUUCAUUUGUUUAAUGACUGUAUAUAUCAUAAACUUGUUCCCCCAAUGUAGGUAUGCAAUAUCUCGAUCUAUUGUGCAAGCAUGCUCUGUCAUGUUCUGUACUUUACCCUUGUUCUGGGAAAACUGGGCUUAAUGCGUGCACGGACAACACUUAACGCAUAUGCAUUAAACACAGAUUUUCCAGAACGAAUCUCAAUUAAGGUCUCUGUCAUUUUCAGUCCUAUAGGUGUGAUCUGUCAUUUAUACAAUAUACAUUUCUAUAUGCAAUAAGCUGUGAACAAAGCAUCAAUUGACAUGCAUCUUUCUGUAUUCAAUUUUAUCAUUGUAUGUGUUCAUGGGUGUAUAUAUCACUCUACACUUUGUUGACAGAACACCACUGUACACAUUACAUUGUUACCUCUUUCAGGAACACUUUGGCUUGUUUGCAGAACAUUUUAUGCAGAGUGUCUUCAUUUCUAAGGGCAUUUAUUAAACAACUGGGUUCCAAAGAUUAUUUUAUAUUUAUAUAAGUUUUAUCAUGUAUGUUGUUUUCCUUUAUAGUGCUUGCAUCAUAUGUUUUCCUUUUGCUUGCUUGAAUCAUGUAUGCUGUUUUUCUGUGUUUUGCUUGCAUCAUUAAUGCUAUUUUCCUGUUUCUAGCUUGCAUCAUGAAUGCUGUUUUCCUCCAUCUUGCUUGUUUUAUGUACAUGUUGUUUUCAUUUCUCUUGCUUGCAUCAUUUAUUCUAUUUUCCUUUUAUCUUGCUGGCAUCAUGUAGGCUGUUUUCCAUUAUCUUGCUUGCAUAAUGUAUGUUGUUUUCCUUUUUAUUGCUUGGGUUUCUUAAUUAUAAGGAUUAUACAUAUAACUUGUAUUGUACAUUUAUAUGUAUAACUGUUUGAUCUGUUGAACACCAUGUUUUUAUUUACAAGUUAAUGUCUUUUUACUGAGUUGUUUGGUUGUCAAGUUCUUGUUUGAAUCAGAGGCAGGUUUUUGAUAGUAUUUAAUUAUACAUUUGUUGCUUAUGUUUUUUUUGCUCCCCUAAGCAAGAAUUGCUAAAUUUGGAGCUUUUUUGAUUGCCGUAUGUCCAGCAUCAUUUGUCAUGCAGUGUGUGAUGUGUGUUGUCAACUUGGAGCUAAUUACAACUCCAGAUAGACAUUUUUAAUUCAAUCUUGAUAGAAAGUGUUCACAGUGUCUAUGUGGAUAAUAUCUAGGUCUAGUGUGAAUCUGGGUUAUGUGCAUCCAAAAACUAAUAAGGUUAUAAGGUCAUAUCUAAACCCUUUGCAUGCUGGGAAAUUUGUUGUCUGCUAAAAUGCUGUCUGCUGAAUUUCUAAAAUGCGCAUUUUCUUCGAUUUUUUUCAAAGAAUACUAUCAGAAUAGCAAACAGUUUGGAUCCUGAUGAGACGCCACGUUCUGUGGCUGUGGCAUCUCAUCUGGAUCCAAACUGUUUGCAAAGGCCUUCAAAAUUCAGUUCCAGCACUGAAAGUGUUAAAAAACUCUUUACCACUAGAGUUAGGAACAUUUUCAACUCAAUAUUGAUGAAACUUGCUCAGAAUGUUGGUUUUGACCUUAGCAAGGCCCAGUCAUAUUAAGGUCAUGAAUAUAUCUUGGUCAUGUAAGUUUAAAUCUUAGAAAAAUCUAGUCAUAAAUAAGGUUUAUGUAGUAAUAUGUAUCAACACCUGUUCAUAAUAUUGAACACAUGUUACUGUCCCCUGACUGCAAUGUAUACAGUUGUAUGAUGAUAAUUAUUUUUACUUGUGUGAAUCAUUUAUAAUGUAUUAUUGUUUUAUUAAGGUUCUAUUGUUUUUAUGCCCCCUUUAAAAGAAUGCAGCAUGAAGUCGUCACACUGUACGCUUUUCCGUCUUUAUGUAUGUGCAAAAUGUCUUGCCUCGGCCAUAACUUAGCCAUAAAUUGAUGAAUUUUUUCAUGUCUUGACGCAAAUGUCCAUUAUCAGAAGGCGAAGUCUCACGUGUAGCAGCAGUCUCCCCACCUCAAAGGUCAAGGUCACGCUUAAGAGUUCAUGGAUCAAAUUUUGCCAUAAAACAGCUAGUUCAGACUGUGACUUUUUCAUAAAUCAUUCUAUUUUAUUAUAAAUUACCACAAAUAACCUCAAAGGUCAAGGUGAAAUGUAGGGGUAAAAAGUAUCAUUUAGACAUUAUGAGGUAAGUUUGACAUCAGAGGAGUUUUGGCACAUUAGUGGAAAGUAGGUGCAUCCAUGCGUAAUGGACACAUUUCUUAUUUAUUGAGGUCUAGCCCAUUGUUCUCUCACUGAGUUUACGCCUUCUAUCAGGACAAGUCUUCAACAAUUAGUUUCCAUGAACUUAGGUGAGAAUUUAAGGACCUUUGUGGCCCUCUUUUUAUGCCCCCGGUAGGGCGUCAAACUUUAACAUUUGCCAUUACUUUUGCAAUAUUGCAUGUGAAUCUCAUGAAGCUGCACAUUUUGAAUGGUGGAAGUUCAAGGUCAAGGUCAUCCUUCAAGGUCAAAGGUAAAAAAACAACAUUUUUCAAAGCGGCGCAAUAGGGGGCAUUGUGCUUCUGACGAACACCUUAAUUGUUCAACUUGUGCUGAUAUACUGGAAGAUGUUGGUGCUGUUGUUAGUUGCUUUAUUUAUUUGCUGUACUUAUUUCAAAUCAGGGAAGGCGUCAAUUACUUAUGAGUUAGUUUUGGAUGCAAGUUUGUAAAAUAUAAACAUAACAAUUCAUCUGUUUUGACAAUGGAUGUGAGUUUGAAAAUAUGAUAAAGUAUUUUAAACUAUACAAGAUAAAUUAAAAUUUUAAAUGGAAUAUCCUCUAAAUCUUUAUACAUAUCAGAGCAUUGAAUAAUCUCUUGUUUCAUGCAUGUAUGAAAUCUCAAAGAUAACUUUGUACAUAGCCAAAAAUAUAAUCAUACUAAAUUUACUACAACGGCUUAAUUUUCUGAACCUGCAAAUGUUUUCCUAAGGGCAAUAUUUUUCUAAAUAAAAAAAUAAAUGUUUUACUGACCUAUUGCAAAAUGAGACCUUUACCUGAAUGCUAUGUUACCAUUAAUAAAUACGUGUUUAUUAAAAUAUAACAUGUUUUUGGAAUGUAUAAUAUUGCAUAAGCUGUUGAUGUGCCCCCUCCCAUGUAUCUAUACUAUCCAGCAUUCGUGCCAAUCUGUAUGUGAACCUUUCUGGUCAUUAUUUAUUUUGAUAAAAGAAUCUUAAGUUUGAACUUCUUGUAUUCACUUAUUUUGAAAGAAGAAUGUAAGAUAUUUAUAAAAAUUGUAUUCUUGCUUUAUGCCUGCAAAAGUUUUUGUUCUGGUGUAUGAUUUUAAGUUUUGAUUUACCUUUACCUAUACUUGUUUGGAUAUAUGACAUUGUUUUGUUAAGUAUUUUACAGCAUUUUAUGUAACUGUUGACAAGAAUCUAGAAAAUUUAUUGUUGUUAAAUAAAUAUCCCAAUUUUUUAAUGCAUAAUUAUUGCUUUGCUGAUGCUGUUUACUUGUUAGCUCACCUGUCACGAAGUGACAUGGUGAGCUUAUGUGACCGUGUGAUGUCCGGCGUCCGUCGUGCGUGUGUGCAUGCGUCCGUCAACAAUUUGUUCGUGUAGACAGUAGAGGUCACAGUGUUAAUCCAAGCUUUAUGAAAUUUGGUCAGAAUGUUUAUCUUGAUGAAAUCUGGGUUGGGAUUGUAUUUGGGUCAUCUGGGGUCAAAAACUAGGUCACUAGGUCAAAUAAUAGAAAAACCUUGUGUAGACAAUAGAGGUCACAGUUUUCAUCCAAUCUUUAUGAAAUUUGGUCAGAAUGUUUAUAGUGAUGAAAUCUGGGUUUGGAUUGUAUUUGGGUCAUCUGGGGUCAAAAACUAGGUCACUAGGACAAAAAAUAGAAAAAACCUUGUGUAGACAAUAGAGGUCACAGUUUUCAUCCAAUCUUUAUGAAAUUUGGUCAGAAUGUUUAUCUUAAUGAAAUCUGGGCUGGGAUUGUAUUUGGGUCAUCUGGGGUCAAAAACUAAAUCAUUAGGUCAAAUAUUAGAAAAACCUUGUGUAGACAAUAGAGGUCACAGUUUUCAUUAGAUCUUAAUGAAAUAUGGUCAGAAUGCUUGUCUUGUUAAAAUCUGGGUUUGGAUUGAAUUUGGGUCAUCUGGGGUCAAAAAAUAGGUCACUAGGUCAAAUUUAAAAAAAUAUCGACAGUAGAGGUCACAGAUUUCAUCCAAACUUAAUUAAAUUUGGCCAGAAUGUUAAUCUUGAUGAAAUCUGGGCUGGGAUUGUAUUUGGGUCAUAGUUUUUAUCUGAUCUUAAUGAAAUAUGGUCAGAAUGUUUAUCUUGAUAAUAUCUGAUUUUGGAUCGUAUAUGGGUCAUCUGCGGUCAAAAAUUAGGUCACUGGGCCAAUUCUAGUAAAACCUUGUGAAGAUGAAAGAGGCCACAGUUUUUGUCACGUCUUAAUAAACAUUUGUCAGAAUUUAUUAAUUAAUGAAAUCUGGCUUGGGAUUGUAUAUGGGUCUGAUAGAAUUUAAGUUGAUGUGAGCGAUUCAGGGCCAUCAUGGCCCUCUUGUUUUAUUGUUUAAGUAGUUUUCCUUUUAUACACGUAGAUUUACUAUGUUAUUUUGUUUCUUUUGUGAAAUCUUUUUUCAAUGAAAGAUAUUAUAUUUUGUGUCUCAUUGUAUUGUAUUCUACACUUUUUGCUUACCCAAUACUUGUUUAUACUUUAUACUUGCUCAUGGUGAGCUUUUGUGAUCACAUUUUGUCCAUCGUUUUCCCUGUGUGAAUACUCCAGAGGCCACAUUUGUAUCCCAAUCCUAAUCAAAAUUGGUCAGAAACAUUCGCCCCAAUGAUACAUGUAUGUCGGACCACUUCAACACUGGGUCACCUGGGGUAAAAACUAGGUCACUAGGUAAAAUGAAAGAUAAGAUGUAUCUGCUGAAUUCGGAAAUGGUUCUGAUCUGUUUGAAAACAUGCUACCAUGGGUGGGGCCUUUUAUGCCCCCCUUCGAAGAAGAGGGGGUAUAAUGUUUUGCUCAUGUCUGUCCGUCUGUCCGUUGGUCUGUCCACCGUGUGGUUUCCGGAUGAUAACUCAAGAACGCUUAGGCCUAGGAUCAUAAAACUUCAUAGGUACAUUGAUCAUGACUGUCAGAUGGCCCUUAUUGAUUUUCAGGUUACUUGGUCAAAGGUCAAGGUCACAGUGACUCGAAAUAGUAGAAUGGUUUCCAGAUGAUAACUCAAGAAUGCUUACGCCUAGGAUCAUGAAACUUCAUAGGUACAUUGAUAAUGACUGGCAGAUGACCCCUAUUGAUUUUCAGGUCACUAGGUCAAAGGUCAAGGUCACAGUGACUCGAAAUAGUAAAAUGGUUUCCGGAUGAUAACUCAAGAAUGCUUACGCCUAGGAUCAUGAAACUUCAUAGAAACAUUGAUCAUGACUGGCAGAUGACCCCUAUUGAUUUUCAGGUCACUAGGUCAAAGGUCAAGGUCACUGACUCGAAACAGGAAAAUGGUUUCCAGAUGAUAACUCAAGAAUGCUUACGCCUAGGAUCAUGAAACUUCAUAGGUACAUUGAUCAUGACUGGCAGAUGACCCCUAUUGAUUUUCAGGUCACUAGAUCAAAGGUCAAGGUCACAGUGACUUGAAACAGUAAAAUGGUUUCCGGAUGAUAACUCAAGAAUGCUUACCCCUAGGAUCAUGAAACUUCAUGGGAACAUUGAUCAUGACUGGCAGAUGAAUCCUAUUGAUUUUCAGGUCACUAGGUCAAAGGUCAAGGUCACAGUUACUCGAAAUAGUGAAAUGGUUUCCGGAUAACUCAAGAAUGCUUGCACCUAGGAUCAUGAAACUUCAUAGGUUCAUUGAUCAUGACUGGCAGAUGACCCCUAUCAAUUUUCAGGUCACUAGGUCAAAGGUCAAGGUCACAGUGACUCGAAACAGUAAAAUGGUUUCCUGAUGAUAACUCAAGAUUAAUUAGGCCUAGGAUCAUGAAACUUCAAAGGUACAUUGAUCAUGACUGGCAGAUGACCCCUAUUGAUUUUCAGGUCACUAGGUCAAGGUCACAGUGACAAAAAACAUAUUCACACAAUGGCUGCCACUACAACUGACAGCCCAUAUGGGGGCAUGCAUGUUUUACAAACAGCCCUUGUUUCAAAUGUCUGUAGUGAAACUUGGUUAACACUACCCUUUAAGUAAGUUAAGCUGAUUCAGUCUCAGGUGAGUGCCUUUGGGCAUUAUUUUCCUCUUUUUUCACUUAGUGUUUCUGCUAAACUGCCGAAAUAUGUCCAAGUGUACAAAUGUGGUACAUCAGUAAGAGCAUUCCAUUCAUAUCAUGUGUUCUAAUGGAAGUUUGUAGCUAACUAUACUGGAUUUUUUUUGCCAGCUAUAAUGUAUUUGUUCAUAUUGUUGGUUGCUAUAAUGUAUUUGUUCAUAUUGUUGGUUGCUAUCAUGUAUCCGUUCAUAUUGUUGGUUGCAGAUUCUACAAUUGUUUGUGUUAGCAAUUGAAGUAUUUUUAUGACUGAAAUAAAUAAAAAUUGUUUUUAAUGCAUUUCAUUGACAACUCACAUUAUUUUAGCUUUACUGAGCAUUUUUGUCUAUCAUCAACAUACCUCAGGAAAACUCUAGACAUUUUUGUGCUCAAUCAUAGGGUCAUAAGGAAGCUGUGCUCAAUCAUAGGGUCAUAAGGAAGCUUGGUCUGAAUAUUUAAAUAGUAAAUAUUUCAGGGAGGGGGGGGGGGUCGGUUCUAUUUUUGUUCAAAAACCUAAGAACAUCAUAGAAAUCACUGAAAUGCUGAAUGUCAGAAACGUGGUCAAACUGUUUGAACUUGUUACAAAAUUCGUGUACAAUAUUUAUUGCGCAUUUAUUGCUCAAUGUUAACAGAACAUUUGUCUUGUCACAGGGUUGUCUCGACCCAAUUAGAAACUUGUUAUGAAACUAGGUUAAGUUGAAAAUGCUUUAAAACAGUUGCAAACGUAAACUGUUUAUUUGUCUUAAUGAGUUUUGAAUGGAGUUAUAAAAUGUUUCCACUGCCUUUACAAGUAAAGCCACCAGAUGACAUGACUAAUUUCAUUAUAGUGUUCUUAGUCUUUAAUAAGAUAAGACUUCUAUUUACUUAGGUUUCAGUAGGUCAAAGGUCAAUGUCCCAGUCCAGGGUCACUUAUAUAAAAAUUUGCUUCCGUUGAGUAUGUUAAUAGCUGUUUUUUUUGUAGAACAUUCAUAUUUCUCAAAGCAGUUCGUCUAUUUGAAUACAAGAAUCUUCUAUAUUUUGAAUAAAGUUGGGCAAAGGUC